UGUUAGAUAGAAUAUGCCAUUAAGUGGAGCAACUUACGUACAUAAAUAGGAAGAGACAGAUAGCAGAAAUUCCUCAUGAGUGCAACAGCUGAUUAACUUUGCUAUUUUAUUUCGAGAGAGCAGUCAUAAAUUCAUAGGAGAUAUGGGUAACCAAGGACAUGAACAUGGUUCUUUGGGCAAGUUUAAGCCAUUCCUUGCUGCAAUUUUCUUGCAAGUUGGGCUUGCAGGAAUGGAUAUCUUGUCUAAGGCUGCACUCAACCAGGGGAUGAGCAAUUAUGCACUCGUCGUCUACCGUCAUGCCAUUGCCACCGUUAUCAUGGCUCCUUUCGCAGCCAUUCUCGACAAGAAAGUGAGGCCUAAGAUGACACUGCCAAUCUUCACCAAAAUAAUGGUGCUCAGCUUACUGGAGCCAGUCAUUGACCAAAACUUGUAUUAUGUGGGGAUGAAGUACACGACUGCAACUUUUGCAGCAGCCAUGUAUAACAUUCUUCCUGCCAUUACCUUUGUAAUGGCUUGGAUUUUAAGGCUUGAGAAGGUAAACUUGAGAUCCAUCCGCAGCCAUGGUAAGAUUGUUGGAACCCUUGCAACAGUUGCAGGAGCCAUGGUCAUGACACUGACGAAAGGACCAGUGCUCGAGUUAUUUUGGACAAAAGGAAGAAUUAACCAUCAAGCAGCAGCAAAAAAUGGGACAGAUUUCCAUCAUACGAUUAAAGGCGGUGUAAUGAUCACAGUUGGUUGCUUCAGCUAUGCUUGUUUCGUGAUUCUGCAAGCAGUCACGCUGGAAACGUAUCCUGCCGAGCUUUCUCUCACAGUUUGGAUAUGCCUGAUGGGCACGCUUGAGGGCACCGUAGCGGCUUUGAUAAUGGAAAAAGGAAAUACUGCCAUCUGGGCUAUUAAAUGGGACACCAAGUUACUGACAGCUGCAUACAGUGGUAUCGUAUGUUCAGGACUAGCUUAUUACAUUCAAGGUGUAAUAAUGAAAUACAGAGGUCCGGUGUUUGUUACAGCUUUUAGUCCCUUAUGCAUGGUUAUUGUAGCUGUCAUGGCCUCUUUCAUUCUGGCUGAACAAAUGUUUCUGGGAAGGGUGAUUGGAGCUAUCAUCAUAAUUGUGGGUCUACAUCUUGUGCUGUGGGGUAAAAGCAAGGAUUACAAGUCUCCGCCCCCAUUAAUCAACCAACAAAUAGUAGAGCCAGCUAAAAUAGAAAUGGCUAAUAACCAAAAGGACAGUUUUGAUCAUCAGGCGAUCACGAUUGAUGCGGCCGGUAGAGAAACCUCAAUCAGAGAUGAAAAUUUACAAGAGGAAAGCGAUUCAAUUCCGGUCUAGAUUUUUCUUUCUCGUAUAUCAUCCACUACUCUAAGAGACGAAAAACCACUAAGCAAUUAUGGAAUCGUGGUUUCAGAUGCGAAUCUGACUAUCAUCCAACGAUACGACUAUACACUAAUAAAAUAUUAUGACUAAAGUCAUGAUGCAGGAUUUGAUCAGUAAUCCACCCAAUACCUCAAGCGAUAAAUCUGAUCGAGCAUUUGUAAUCAUUAAGCUUAAUGGAGUUUUUCUAUUCUCAAAAUAAUCAGCAUGAAUUGAUAACAUAACGCAUCGUGCCAACGCUAUGGGAUAAGGCCAAGGGUCCUCCAUUGCUCCUUUGGUCCGUCGCCAAUGGGUAAAGAAAUUGAGGGUUGAGCGCAUUUCAUGAAACCAUGGCUUGGGCCCAUUUAAGUAGUAGU